GUGACCUGCCUGCAGCAAACAAGAGCCUGCAGGGUAUAAAACCCCACAGCGCGGUGGAGCGCAGGGCAGGCUGAGCUGUGCCACGGGGCAGCAACUGAAGAGCAGGAUGGAGGCCAACAUGAACCUCCUGCACCACAAGGGCAUCCAGGUGACGCACUGGCUGCAGGAGCAUUUCCAGGGGUCCCAGGACUGGUUCCUUUUCAUCUCCUUCGCUGCUGACCUCAGGAAUGCUUUCUUUGUCCUCUUCCCAAUCUGGUUCCACAUCAGCGAGACAGUGGGCAUCAGGCUCAUCUGGGUGGCUGUGAUCGGUGACUGGCUCAACCUCAUCUUCAAGUGGAUCCUCUUUGGGGAAAGACCAUACUGGUGGGUCCAUGAGACAGACUAUUAUAGCAACACAUCAGCCCCAGCGAUCCAGCAGUUCCCACUCACCUGUGAGACUGGCCCUGGGAGCCCCUCUGGCCAUGCCAUGGGUGCAGCAGGAGUGUACUACGUGAUGGUGACAGCCCUCCUCUCCACUGCCAUAGGGAAGAAGCAGUCGAGGACACUCAAAUACUGGGUGCUGUGGAUGGUGCUUUGGACGGGCUUCUGGGCAGUUCAGGUCUGCGUCUGCCUGUCCCGAGUCUUCAUUGCUGCCCACUUCCCCCAUCAGGUCAUCGCAGGGGUCAUCUCAGGGAUGGUCGUGGCCAAGACCUUCCAGCACAUCCGUUGCAUCUACCACGCCAGCCUCUGCCGGUACCUGGGCAUCACCUUCUUCCUCUUCAGCUUUGCUCUGGGCUUCUACCUGCUGCUGCGGGCAGUCGACGUGGACCUGCUCUGGACGCUGGAGAAGGCACGGAAGUGGUGUGCCCGCCCUGAGUGGGUCCACAUCGACACUACCCCCUUCGCCAGCCUCCUCCGUAACCUGGGCAUCCUGUUUGGGCUGGGGCUGGCCCUCAAUUCCCACAUGUACCUGGAGAGCUGCCGGGGGAAGCAGGCCCAGCAGCUGCCCUUCCGCCUGGGCUGUGUCACCACCUCCCUCCUCAUCCUACAUGUCUUUGACGCCUUCAAGCCGCCCUCCCACAUGCAGCUUCUCUUCUACUUUCUCUCCUUCUGCAAGAGCGCAGCUGUGCCUCUGGCCACCGUUGGCCUCAUCCCCUACUGCCUCUCCCAGCUCCUGGCCACGCAGGACAAGAAGGCUGUCUAGGGAUGUCCCUGCAGGUAAUGCUGUGCCCAGGCAGGUGAUUGCCCUCACUUUGGGCUAGGGGACACUCACCAGACCAGGGGUGCAUCCCAGCCACUGCUGCCCUCUGAAUCUGGACAGACUGGCUCCACAUUGGGAGCGACUGCGAAGGCUGGUGGCCCUGCUGGGUGGCUCCCAUGGCACAGACACACAAAGCCAGUCGUGCCAUAGGCUCAGGCAGGCUGCAGCCAGCUGGUGCACAGCAAGCCCCAUGCUCCCAGGGCUCUCCCACUGCUCUUCCCACACCCACGGGUGGGGGUCACCAGCUGGGACCUAGCAACAGUGGGAGGAAGACCCCACACUGCCCUGCAGCUCAUGGGGACAUACCACCUCCAGGCUGCAGGGCUUGGGACAGCACCAGCAGAAGCAGGGUGCUCACCCAUGGGUGCUUAGGGUCUGCUGGUGAGGCAGCUCUGUUACAGGAAUGGGCAGACACUGUGAUUUGGAGGUAAAGCACCAGCUUGUGGGACCCCCCUGACCCUGAGGUGUAUUGAUAUACACCUACGGGUGUGUCUGUCAACAAGAGGUAUUUUUAUUAAAGCUGAAGGUGUGUUUAGCUGGUGA